AUGGCCACAGACGGCACCAACGGCUCAGCUAGCCACACCAACGGCGUCAACCCCGAACGCAAACACCUCUACCUCGCUGGCAUAGGCGUAACCCACUCGAUAGCCUACCUAAUGCACAACCACAUCUGCCAGACGCUCAACCUCCCCUGGACCUUCACCAACGCCGAAUGUCCAACCGUAGAAUCCGUGCUCUCCCUCUUCCACGCCCCUUCCUUCGCCGGCGGCGUCGUCACUAUGCCCUACAAGCAAGCCAUCAUGCCCUACCUCGACGAGCUGGAUGACCUGGCACUGACACUAGGGGCCUGCAACAACGCCUACAAGACCGCGGAGGGCAAGCUCAGGGGCACGAACACGGACUGGCGAGGCGUCAAGGGGUGUUUAAUGGGGGCCAGCGAGGAAGGGAGAGGAAAGCCGGCCCUGAUCAUCGGCGCGGGCGGAGCGAGUCGCGCGGCGGUGUUUGCGCUGGCGAACCAACUGGAUUGCGGCACGAUUUACAUCAUCAACCGCGAUGUUGGCGAGGUGGAGGCGCUGUUGCGCGACGCACAGGCGUAUGCGAGGGAUGGCCAACGGGGCCCGAAUCUGGUGCAUUUGCGGUCGGUUGAGCAGGCGAGGGAGCAGCAGAGUCCGUACUAUAUUGUUGGCACGGUGCCGGAUUUUGAGCCCAAGACGGAGCAGGAGCUGGAGGCUAGGGCGAUGUUGGAGGAGUUUUUGGCACGGGAGGACAGAAAGGGGGUGUUGCUUGACAUGUGCUUCAAGCCUAGGAAUACGCGGAUAUUGAAGCUGGGGAAGAGGUAUGGGUGGAAGACGGUAGAGGGCACCGGUGUCAUUGGACAUCAGAUUCAGGAGCAGUAUAGGUUAUGGGCGGGCGAGGAGGUGAGCCAGAGGGUGCCGAUGGAGGAAGCCUGGGCAGUAUUGCAGAAGGCGGCUGAGGAGAGUCCUGCUAUCAAUCUCUGA